GGCAGCGGCAAGCUUAGAGCCAACUCAGCCCAAGCUAGAGAGAGAGAGAGAGACGAAGCCAGCCACAUCAUUUGUCCUCUCUCAAGCACCUAAAUAACAACUCAUUCCAGCUGGUGACGUAGGCCGAAAUACGCUUCGUGUUUCAUGAACAGGCUUAUCAGCAUGUCAGGUUAUGUGGAACUUUUCAGAUAUGCAGCCUGACACAGUAAUGCUCAAUGUCAUCUAGUGCCUGCCAGUAUAUAUUUCUACAUAUUAAGCAUAGUUACAAGAAAAAAAAGAAAUGCCACCUUCAACAACAGCACCGCAAUAUGCUCCCCCUGAUGGAGGAUGGGGUUGGGUCGUCGUCUUUGGAGCUUUCAUCUCCAUUGGAUUUUCCUAUGCAUUCCCUAAAGCCAUCACAGUGUUCUUCAAAGAGAUACAAGAGAUCUUUGGCACAUCAUAUAGCGAGAUAGCGUGGAUAUCAUCAAUCAUGUUGGCUGUUAUGUAUGCAGGAGGCCCUGUGAGCAGUAUUUUGGUGAACAAAUAUGGCAGUAGGCCAAUCAUGAUUGCUGGGGGGAUACUGGCUUCAUUUGGAAUGAUUGCCUCUUCGUUCUGCAACAGCGUCUUGCAACUUUACAUAUGUGUUGGUGUAAUUGGAGGUUUGGGUUUGGCUUUCAACUUGCAACCUGCCUUGACGAUGAUUGGCAAAUAUUUUUAUAAAAAGCGUCCUAUUGCUAAUGGACUGUCCAUGGCGGGAAGUCCUGUCUUUCUAAGUACUCUGGCACCCCUGAAUCAGUUUCUUUUUAAUGCUUUUGGUUGGAAAGGAAGUUUCCUCAUUCUGGGAGGACUUCUUUUAAAUUGCUGUGUGGCUGGGUCACUUAUGAGGCCUGUUGGACCAAAACCUGUGCAGGCUAUCAAAAAAGAUGUGGAAAAAGCAACUGAAGAUUCCACUUUGCACAAGAAUGACAAGAAAUCGGUCUGGCAAACCAUCAACAAAUACUUAGAUUUAACCCUCUUCAAACACAGGGGCUUUUUGAUUUAUUUGUCUGGAAAUGUUAUCAUGUUUCUUGGCUUCUUUGCCCCAAUUGUGUUCUUAGCUCCUUAUGCUAAGCACAAAGGAAUUGAUGAAUAUUCAGCAGCUUUUUUACUCUCUAUCCUAGCUUUUGUAGAUAUGUUUGCCAGGCCAUCAAUGGGCUUAAUUGCAAACUCCAAAUACAUCCGGCCCAAAAUCCAGUAUUUCUUUAGUUUUGCUGUUUUGUACAAUGGGGUCUGCCACAUCCUUUGCCCAUUGGCUGAAACCUAUACAGGCCUGGUUGUGUAUGCUGUACUUUUUGGACUUGCAUUCGGAAUGGUUAGCAGUGUCCUUUUUGAGACAUUGAUGGAUCUUGUUGGGGCGCCAAGAUUCUCCAGUGCAGUAGGACUCGUCACAAUUGUGGAGUGCUGCCCUGUCCUUUUAGGCCCACCUAUGGGAGGUUUGCUUGUGGACAUAACCAAAGACUACAAAUAUAUGUAUUUUGUCUGUGGUAUAAUUGUUGUUGUUUCAAGCAUUUGGCUGUUCAUUGGAAAUGCAAUCAAUUAUAGACUUUUGGCAAAAGAGAAGAAAUUAGAAGAUGAAAGACAGAAUGCCUUAAAGAAUGCUGAUUCCAAGGAAGUGGAGCCUUUGACCCACAAAGAGAGUGAAGAAGUUCUCAGCAGAUCCAGCAAAAUGCAAGACAGUCCUUCAGAAAAAGAAACAAAUAUUUAACAUAAAUAUACAUAUUUAUAAUGUUCACAGUACAUGCCAGAUGUUUUGUAGUUAUUAUAAUCAAUUACAAUACCAAAUGGCAAUAGGCAUUUACAAAACCACAUGUAUUAUAAAACACAGUAAAUUAAAUCACUGUUCUGUUCCUUCUAAAAAGAGAGAAGGGUACAGAAAGAGUCUUCCCAGAACUGCAUUAAAAUGUUUUUCUCUUCCAUCACACUGCCCUGGUAACAACUGACUUCUGUUAAAAUGUCUAGCUAUUCAUAGCUAGACUAAACUUUUUGGAUCUUGCCUUCAAGCAACCUGUACCUGUCCAGGAGUGCACAAUAAUUGCAACAAGGAAAUAAUCUAUUUCCUUGUAUGUAUCUGGUAUAAGAAAGGAGGAUUAUGCUGGAGUCUUUCAAAAUUCCAUUGUUUAUUCUGCUCUACAUUAGUUGGAGCAGGAUUUGGCAUGGUAUUUUAUUUUGGUGUCAUGUAUGCUAGGGCUCCUGCAGAAUUUGAUGAGUUGCUUAAAUAUAAAUCCCAAACAGGGUAGUGCCGUGACAGUAGGGUCUUCCUUUAACAAAUAUUCUUGCUCCAACAAUGCCUCACCAAAAAAAGUGCUACUAUAGUAAAGGAAAAAAAAUGACUGUAUUGACCCAUGUCUACUGAUCGUUUCACAAGAUUAUUUUGUGUGGGAGGGGUUGUUUGAUUUGUUGCUUUUUUAUUGUCCACUAGAAGGAAACAGUUUAAAGUGAUAAGUUAAAAUAUGAAAGUAAAAAUGGAAUAACUCUUAAUAGCUACUUGAGUAAAAAGUGCACAAAAAUGUAUCACCACUGUUUUUAUAAUGCAUUUUUGGUAGAUCCAACUGGGUCUGUUAUCUCUGAUCAAACUUUUACUAUGUGGCUUUUAAAGACGUAUGAAAUUGUAAGUUUUAUUGCUAAAUGCAAUAAUGUUUUCAUUUUAGCGGAUAAAUAGGUUGUUCUCUCCGCUGUAAAAUCAUUAGACAUUUAAAUAUAUACAACCAGAUAUUAAAUAAUAUCUGAAAUAAUACUUAGGAUACAUUGUCUCCUCAUUGUAUAUUGUAGCUAGAUAUGCUCGCACAAAUGUUAGCAUCAGGGUAUAACUUUUGAACAACGUAUUGCCUUGUGAUCAUCACUUCACUCUGUUUGUAUUCACACUUCUUGAAACAAGCUCCCUUACCUUAUUAAAUACUCUGCCCUUGGUGAUCACUAUUUUUUUCAAGAUGUGAGUGUGAAUCAUUGCUGCAGACACACUGCUAUCUAUUAAUAAUGUUACUCUCAACAUGGAUUCAGAGUUUUCCUGUUGUAGACCAUACAGUGUUUAUAGGGAUAUCAGGGACCAGAAAAAAUAAUCAGGAGGGAGACUGCAUCAGAUUUGUGGAUUGCCAACUGGCCAUCUUUCAAUUUUUUCCCAUCUUUAGAAGCGAAAAUAUAUAUAUCUGAAUCUAAAGAUCAUAAAGCAGUAGAAGCUUUAUUUUUUUUCUUUUCCUCUUCCUUUGUGCAUGAUUAUCUGAAGAAUAAAUAAUUGUUCUAAUCGGUAACGUCCAGUUCCAGACUAGUCUACUCUGGAACAGUGGUCGUGCCUACACUGAAUUUUGGUAUAAAGACUCCAAAGAUCUCCUGUCUGAAAAUUAAAAUUAGUUGAUCAGUGCCUAGAUCUAAUCAGUUCCUCAGAUCUGAACAUCAUCAGGCAGACCUUCUCCCUUUAAAAUUCCUUUCCUUUUUAAUAAGGCACCAAGAGAUAGUAGGGGAUUGUGGAUCCCAUGAUCGUGGACCAUGAAUGAUUCUUACGCCAAGCAAAGAGUUGAGAUGGAGCUGGUCUUUCUCAAUUGGCCAAUAUGCACAUUAAGCAAUGGCUUCUGUACAUUUCUUGUAAUUGUGCUGAACUACUUUUACAAAAUGAAGCAUUCAUUCCACUAUAUUAAUUAGAAAUAGAACCCUUUGACUACCUACCCUUGUGAAGCUAUUUUCAAGGGGCACUUCACUCAAGAUCUUCAUCUAAACAAAGUUUUCAAAAAUCUGCACAGUCUAAAUUGACAUUGAAUUUCAUCAUCUUACAAUCAUAAUAUAAAGCAAGAUAAUCAAUUUUGCACAUUAAGUGGUGAAAUGCACAUGCAGUCCAUUGUUGAUUAUCUUAUGUUUUCUCCUCAUGAAACAUAGUUUUAAAAAGAUCUCAGACAUUCAACUAUCACUGAUGUUCACUUUUCUUCUUGCUACAUUAUGACUAUACUUUGUUCAAAAAGCAGUACUAUAACUCAGCUAUUUAUAAUCAAUCCUAGUUGUAAAGAUCAAGCUUGUUGUAAUGGUUAAGGCAUCAGGAUAGAAAUGGGGAGACAGUUUACUCUUGUCUCAAUUUAGGCAUAAAGCUAGCAGGAUGACCUUGGGUCAAACCCAGUGGUGAAAUCCAAAUAUUUUUACUACCUCUGGGCGUGGCUUGGUGGGCAUGGCUUGGUGGGCAUGGUGUGGCUUGGUGGGCAUGGCAGGGGAAGGAUACUGCAAAAUCUCCAUUCCCACCCCACUCCUGGGGGAAGGAAAUUGCAAAAUCUCCAUUCCCACCCCACUCUGGGGCCAGCCAGAUGUGGUAUUUGCCGGUUCUCCUAACUGCUCAAAAUUUCUGAUGCUGGUUCUCCAGAACCUGUCAGAACCUGCUGGAUUUCACCCCUGGUCAAACCCUCUCAGCCCUAGGAAUUAGGCAAUGCCAAACCUCUUCUAAAAUCUUGCCAAGAAAAGUGACUGAAGGAAUCAUGCAAGUGUGCAGUGCACACACAGAGACAUAAACAGAGCCAUAAGAAAUUAUCCCUAAAUAAGCCACAAGAUAUGCUGCUGCUUAAUAGUUGACAUCUACAACGCAAGCUGCUUAAUUCAAACACAAUAAAGCAAGGGGCAGUCUCGAUACCUGGCUUUUUAAACUUUUAAUUUUCUAACCAGAUCAGAAACAGAGCAAGCAGGAAAUAAAUGUUGGUUCAUAAAGAAAUAUUGAUUUUAUCAUCCCAGAUCACUAAUGUAAUAUGAAUUUGGAAGAUAGCUUUUUUUUGUUCUAUAUGUAAUUCUUGUUUCCAUUCUACUCAACUAUUCAUAUAGCUGCUACAAUCCACUAUAUAAUGAAUUCCUACAAGAUAAGUCUUCUAUAAUUAAUUUGGACAGUUUCCUCCACUAAAACUGCAUUUGCAAUGAGAUGUUAACAUGAUCUCUGUUCAGUAAUUAAAGUCAGACCACUUUAUUUUAUCUCAUAUAAUUCAAUAAGAUCCUCUAAAAGCAACUCAGAUGUUAACUCAUAGCUUCACCGUAGUUACCUUUAGUUCAGCUUCUUAAUGUGUCACUAUAUACAGUAGCACUCAAAUUCCAUCCUACACAAAUCUUGUUGGAUUUAGCAGCAAGUCUGAAAGGAUAUUCUAUUUCUAUUCACUUCAGGAUAACUAGAACAUAUUAUGUCAUCCACAACUUUGUGUUUCAAAAUUCUUGAUAGCAGAAGAGUAUUACUUCUACUUGAAUAUUAAAUAUUACUUAUAUUCAAGGAAAUGCCAGAGAAGCACUUUCAGGCUUCCUCGCUCAUGCCCAAUGGCCAAGAGCAGGAUUUGUCAGGAUAAUUAGAUGAAAUUUCUUGUAUUCAUCUGAAUAGGGCUCAUACUGCUGUAGAACUUGUGUAAGGGUUCCAUGAAGGGUAUACAAUUGUGAGGAAUAAUGAGAGCUAUAUUUAUGUGUCAGCAGCUGGAGCUAGGAUGAAGAAAUAGAAGGUGUGUGGGGGAUUUAAAUUUGAUUACAUUCAAUUUCAACCUAAUUAGAAUUAAUUAAAUGCACAUGGGAAUGCAUGCAUUUAGUAUUUUCCUCCUGUCAUAAUAAAACAUGCAAUUCAUUUCCAACUUUUGAAGAUUUCUGUGGCCACACUCAAAGCUUUAGGAAGGUUUUACACAUGCACUCUUCCUUAUUUUUACAUAAUGGUAAUUAUAUAUUUUCAUGCUAUACAAAGCAAUUGUCCAUUGUAAAGUGCAUAUGGUAUACAGGAUGUACAAUGUUGCCCAUAUAAGUAUAUGAAAUUACUGAGGAGUGGUGACAUCCCUGUCCCCUAUGUCAUGUUCAUCUACCUAGAUUGCACAUAGAUGAAUAAAGAAAUGUUAAAAUUGUAUGUAGAUUCCAUACAAUUUCCCUGUGAUUAGAACAGAUAGUUCUGUAGGCAGACUUUUAAGUUAAAAAUGACAUGAAAACCUCUGUUUACAUGCAGAUAGCUUAAAAAUAGUUAUAUUGUCUUUUUCAUUAGCCCUAGAAAUCUCUGAGGGUAUAAGACUACCAUCUGACCCUUAUCAACUUCUUCCACAAAACAAAAACAGUUCUAAAUCAUUUCAACCCUGUCCCUUUCAAGAGGUUUUCAGGGCCAUUACAUUGGGGGGGGGGAGUGCAGGUGUUUGCAUGUGGCCACAGUUGCCCAUUUUUGCAUGGAACACCAUGCUAGUAUAUGGGCCAUUUUAGGAGAGGUCAAGAAGCACAUUCUGGUCAGAGGUAAGAAUGCUGUCCUUGUGAGUGGUGUGAUGCCUUCUGUGCAUGUAAAUGGUGAUGAGCUUGGAUAAAUAUGAAGUCCUUAAGGAAAGAAAAGUCUUAACAAAUAUAGCAAAAUACAUUUGUUGAUUAACUAAGAGUGGAAAAAAAGACACAAACUGCCCAUAGUUGGACAUUUUGCCAUAAAUGUCUUCAAAAUGAAAAUUAAGAGCUUAGAUUCUUAAAAUAUAUGUUAGGUUUAUGUAGCAUAUAGGCAGCUUGCUAUUAGUGAGGCAGAAUGUUUUCACAUUUCAAAAUUAUUUUCUUAUAUCAAGAAUUUGUGGUUAUUUGGCAGAUUUUGAAGCAAAUUAGAGAUAGAAACACUUCUAGGUAUUUGGUUGGGUUUUUUUUUUCAACAACAAUGAACUGUGGUGGCACAUUUAUCUCAGUUGUUUUUUCCCUCCCUGCCUUCUUUGCCUUAGUGUCUUUCUUUGUAUCAUUCGCCAUUCUAACAUUUUUCUGCUUAGCUUAUAAUUAAAAUUGAAAAUGUGUGCCAUGAACUAUUGCCAUUUCAAGACCUUUGGCAUUUAAAAUACUGGCAGUUCAGUUUACUAGUAAAACAGCAAAUAAAAUUAAUUAGCCAAACAAUUGGUAUUCUAGAGCAGGUUUGUAUGUAUGUAUGUAAAAGGGACACGGUGGCUAAAGAGAUGCAGUGGCUCAGUGGCUAAGACACUGAGCUUGUCGAUCAAAAGGUCGGCAGUCCAGCGGUUCGAAUCCCUAGUGCCGCGUAAUGGGGUGAGCUCCCGUUACUUGUCCCAGCUUCUGCCAACCUAGCAGUUUGAAAGCACAUAAAAAAUGCAAGUAGAAAAAGCCUUUGGUGGGAAGGUAACAGCGUUCCAUGUGCUUUUGGCAUUUAGUCAUGCUGGCCACAUGACACGGAGACGUCUUUGGACAGCGCUGGCUCUUCAGCUUUGAAACGGAGAUGAGCACUGCCCCUUAGAGUCGGGAAUGACUAGCGCAUAUGUGCGAGGAGAACCUUUAUCUUUACCUUUAUGUAUGUAUAUUUAGCAGUGACUGAUUAUAGAUUGGUCAAGCUUUGUGUUAUUGCUAGAGACAAAAUCUAAAAAUGGCACCAUUUCUUGAGAUUGAGUGGUCUUUGUGCUGAAUUUUUAGAAGCAUUUUCUUCUAGGUUUUGGCCAUAUGAUUCUCUGCAGGUAACAACUGUUUGAGGAUAGAAGUUAUACUUAACCUUCUUGAUGGUGAUGGUGGUUGUGUAAAGGGUACAUUAUAGAGCUGGUUUGGUGUAGUGGUUAGGGUAGAAACCAGGAGACUAUGAGUUCUAGUCCCACCAUAGGCACAAAACUCACUGGGUAACUUGGGGUUAAUCACAGUCCCAGCCUCAGGAAGCAAGCAAUGACAAACCAUUUUGGAUAAACCUAGCUAAGAAAACUGUAUGGAUUUUUCCAGACAGUCACCAGAAAUCAAGACUAACUUGAAUACACACACACACACACACACAGAGGGAAGAAAGGAGGAGAGCAAAGUAAGCAGGAGAAAGAAAGGAAUGGACAAAGCUCCUUUAUUCUUCAAUAAAGAAGAAUAUUUGUAACUCAGGAUUGAAAUAAAAAGUCCUUAAUGCUCCUAAGUGCUGAGCUUGGUUGUUUUCUUACAUAUGUUUCAUUACCCAAACUAACAUCCCCAGUGCACAUGAUGAUGUUACCCAAUUUGGAUAAUGAAAUGUCUGCAAAAAAAACAAAAACAAAAAAAACAACAACAACCAAGCUCAGGGUGUAGCUAUAUGUCAAAACACGACAGGAACAUUUGAAAAAAAAAUGAGAGGAAAGUUGCAUGUGUUCAAACCUUAGAGUACAGUUGUAUAUGUUAAACUAUAUAAAAAUAGUCUUUGCUACUGAAUUUCAAUAGUUGAGAUAAGAAUUGUUUCAGGAACUACAAAAUGUGCGCUUCAUGAACAAAUGCAGCCUUUGAUGCAUCAGUUUGCCUAUAUAAUUAUCCUACAUCCUAUGAUAAACAUAGAUUUUGGAACUCUUAAGCUUGAUGUAAAAACAAGCAGUUUUAAAAAUAGGAGUUGAGUUAGAAAGCCAUCCACCUAUAGCAAAGUAAUCUGUGGGUGGUUGUUUUUAGUUCAAUUUAAAUAAAUCAUCUUUUUAUUUACUCCAUUUUGCAGCCAUAUUAUAAACAUGGAAAAAAUGAGACUGAAAGACUUAUGGAUUGUUAUCUGUAAGUCACAGUAUGUAAAUUCAUGACCCAGACUAUUCAGUUCAUCUUACCUUGGCUUUUAAUUAAUGAUAAUUUAUACAUUGCAGAACUGUAGCUUCCUUUGCAAUUAUGGCCAGGAUUAAGUAAAAGCAUUUACUGCCUGAGACAAAACAACAAAAGGAACUUUCCUCCAACAUAUCUAGGUCCACAAAAUGGAAAACUAAGUAUAUUAGCUUAGCAAUAGAGACAAAAUCAAUUGCAUUCCCACAUCCUGUUCCUUUCUCAGUAGAAAACAUAUACUCAUCUUCAUAAUAAAUACACUAACAAUUUGCUGAAAAUCAGCUUUGUUUUCCUGUCAUAUUUGCCUAGUGGUAUGUCCAAUGUAUAGUACUUCCUCAUAAUGGGUACAUCUACAACAAACAGUAAACCAUAAACACUUGUUUAUCAGUAAAUAUACUCAUGUCCAUUGAUUUAUCUCUCUAAGCAGCAUAGUAAUUAAUACUCUUAUUUCAUGCUACCUAUAGGAUACUGCAGAAAAGUAUCCCUAUGGCUCCCUCUAGAUUUAUUUUCAGGAACUUUCUCUGGCUAGUAAUUUCUAGGAUUAUCUGCAAAUUAUGACAAUUGCAUGUUUUUCUAUCCACAUCACCAUCUAGUGGGUAUGGGCAGACAUAGAUAUUAAUAGGCACAUGCAAUAGUAGCUUAUUUAUAUCUAAUAUAUAGCUGAUAGUAAAAAAUCUUUAUGUAAACAUGAACAUAUUUUAUAGUCAUCUUCCUGGUAAAAUAUUGUCUCAUUCUAGACAAACCUAAAGAAACUAACUACAUAUGAACAUAAUGGGCAAAUGGCAUACACAUCUCCUCAUAUUUUUAUAAUUAGUUACCCUAAAAUUAGUUACAUUGGCUGUGAAUCCAAAAAUUAUGUUAUAGGCAUAACAAACAAAAUACUUCCCUUCUAACACAUCUAUCCUCCUGGUCAUGCCAGACAAUGGGUGUUGUUUUGCUGGAAUAUGUAAGUAGUAAAGGCAUUAAGCAUAAAAGUACAUGAUGUAAUUGAAAUUAUAUGAAUAGUUGAACAAAUGUUAAGACCAAAACAAAAAGAAUGAUGUUGCCAAAUUCUUUGCAAGCCUCCUUUCAUUAGUUUUCAUUAUUAGUUUAUUAGUUUUCAUUAGUCAUGUCUGCUAGAAACAUUUCUAGCAGUGAGUGCAUCAGUGAGUGUGUGUGUGUGUAUGCAUGUGCUUUGGAUAAAAUGUAUUUGUAAAAAACAAUGGUGUUUUUCUGUAGAAUACUUGAUUAUUUCUUCCAUUUACUUCCAGUCCUACUUCAAUUAGCUAUUUAUUAAAAGUGAUCAUUGCAAUAUCUUACAACAUUGCUUUGAAGCUCUGGCUCAGUGUGGGCUGAAAUAUCACCACAUAUAUUUUAAAUUCUGCAAAACUAUAGCGACUGUAGUUUGUUUUUUUUUAAGUGUGUUGCAAUGAUAAUUUCUGAACAAAAUAUAUUUUAGGUUUUUGUUUGUUUCUAUAUAUGUUUGAACUGAAGAUGGACCUGAAGUAUUAAAUAGCCACAGAAGCAAAGCCUGUUAAGAAACAAAUGCCAUUUUAUUGCUUGGAUGUUCAUAGUAAUGGAGAAUGCUUGAAUUGAGAGGAUUCUAAAUUCAUAUAGCAAAAAAUUAACCCAUGACUGGAAUCUAAAAGCUAAAAACCAUUUAAAGGUAAUACAUUUAAACCACUUCUCCUUAAGCCUCUUCAUUUAUUGUACUCUUCAUGCUGCUCCACAAUAUGGCCUCCGAUUUUCUCUGUGAAGGAAGAUGUGAACUUAUUCUACUCAAACUACAUAGAGGUUGUAGAUUUGGAUAGAACAAUAAUAUAAUGGUUAUUAGUGAGUAUAUUCAAAAUUAUGAUAAAUGUUAUCAAUUGCAUCUUAACUGUUUCUUCUGUUGAGGCCUACCAGUCUGGCAAUCUGAUGCCUGAUAACAUCGAAAUAUCUUGUGGUACCUUCAACACAAACCAUUUUAUUAUUGCUGAAUUUUUAUUUCCAGGAUAUAGGAAAUGGAAGCCGAAUACAGAAAACAAAUUUAAUUUCCCCACUUAUCUGUAUGUCAGAUAAGUGAGAGUAGAGUGAAGAAAAUUAGAAUAUGGUAUAAAGAAAGAUAUUUGGUACCAUUCAAUGCUUUCUCUUCUGGGUGAAUCCGCAUACCUUCCACAGGGAAAAGAUCAGGCACACAGAUAAGCUCUGUUGCUCUUUUAUUCAAUCUGCUUAAAUAAAUUAAAUUAAACAGUUAAGAUGCAAUCUAUAACAUUUAUCACAAUACUGAUUAUAGUUAUUAAUAGCCAUUAUAUUAUUGUUCUAUCCAAAUCUACAACCUGCAUGUAGUUUCAGUAGAAUAAGUUCAGAUAAAGAACAGAUAAAGCUAGAAUUUCAGGAGCAUGAGUUGGCGAUAGUUGCCUGAACUUGUAAAUCUCUGGUUUGGCCAAGCUUCAGACAAACAAUGGAUUGAUUAGUUAAAUCAGCAGUAUUUUAGUUCCCUUGUGCUAAAAAAUUUUCUGUCUCCAGAAUCUAUGUGAUUGUACAGACCCAAUUAAACUAAUUAUUUUCUAAACAUAGUCUUCAGCAAUUCAUUUAAUUUGUUUCCUAUGUCCCUUGCAAUGCAUAUGAACAUCAUACCUGCUCAAUUCAAGCAUUAGACAAUACUGGAAAAUGAUGGCAAAACUCUGAUUAAUAAGAUGACAACAUGCUGAUUAGCUUUUUAUUGAUAAAUUGGCUUGUAGUGAAAAUAAAGUCAGGAAUAACUUCAUAGAAACUACACUUUGACAAACACAACCAUCUUUCAACUGUUAAGUAAGAAGAGACAAGUCUAUUAAAGUUUGUGUGCAAUGUUCCAUCUCCAGAAAAUCCUUGCCCAUUUCUCUUGAAGUUAAAGAUUGGAGAAGGACUGAUUGCAAAUCAGUAAAGCUGCUUGAAUUUUCAAGUUGAUGGUUCACUUUAAAGGCAUUUUGAGAAAAUCACCCCUUCAGAUUGAACCUCUGAAUCACUGAAGCAAUUUGAUAUGUCAAAUAAAAUUGGGUGUUCCUUUCUUGAAUGCAAUCAACAAUUUGAAUUAAACUUGACUGAAUGAACUGAAUCAACUCAAAUUGCAGAGUUAAAUCAAUUAUUUCAGCCAAACUUGGCUGAUUUUUAUAUCUAAAAAAACAGUUACUUUUCAAUUAUGAUCUUUGGAUAUAUCGAAGGUGAACUAUACAAUGCCUAAGAUGAUUUUUUUACAAUGGCACUAAGUUUAGGGUGUGAGGUUUGUUGGAUAAUUUUUGUGUUGACAACUGUCUGAGAAACAAGUGAAUCAGUCAUCUAAGUUUUUCUCUCUUAAGACACAAUUGUGGUAUUUUUUGCAGGUAGUCUCAUUCAUUUGGGAUCUGUAUAAAAGGUAGGGCAUUUAAAUUAUAGCCCUUCAGAAAUUAUUGGACUGAAACUUCCAUUGCUCCAUAUAAUUGGCCAAAUUGCUAAGGCUUAUAAUUGGGUUCAAUAAUAUCUGGUGGAACACAUAUUGCUAACUUCUGAUUUAGAUUAAUGCACAAAUUUUAUAGGGGGAAAAACAGGAAAAGGAAAUAUCUUUAAAUACAUAGUGCUGAGCACAUUGUAAGCCGCCCUGAGUCUUCGGAGAAGGGCGGCAUAUAAAUCAAAUUAAAAAUAAAUAAAUAAAUAAAUAAAAAAUAGUGAACUAGGUAAAAUUCUAGAAACUAACCCUAGAAAACUACAGUAUUUUUUUGAGUAGAGAAAUAAGAUAUGAGAAAGCCUUACAAAGUUUCCGAUUCUUAGAUCACUCCAUGUAGUAUUGAUUAAACUAGCUUGAUUAUUGCAUCUUUUUGUUUGAAAAAGAAAUGUUACUUUUAAAUUUCAGCUGACCUUAUUCAAUUUAAUGGAACCAGAUUUGUUGAUAUCUAGUUGUGCCUUGAUUUGCCUCAGGUUUGAAUAUGUCUGUUUCACAAUUACCAGUAUUUAAAUGGCAUGAGUGCAAAUUUAAAUGAUUGUACAUACUUCAUAUAUUUCUAUACCUGGAUGCAAAUAAGACUGAACUGCUACUGUCAACAUAUAAAAGAUUAUAAUAAUAAAAUCACUAUAAAAUGCCUAUUA